AAAGGAGAAGCACAAUAAACCCUUACGAUUUCAAGACAACGAAAUGCGACAGACUACAACAUUUAUUGUUAAUUAUAAGAUAAAUUUCUUUCAUUUGAAAACAAUUGAUAUAACCGAUUGCUGCUAAAUAAGAUCACGAUGUUCAGAUAUAAGAUUCUCGUGGAAGAACUGCUCUUUCAUCGAUCGUAUAUAAGUUUGUAUGAGUAGUCGUUUGGUGACAGCACACAUUUGUUACUGUCGUUAAAUUUUGAAGAACAUUUGCUACUACUUGGUGUGUUUACUUCAAAUUUUUUGUUUAUUUUGUGAAACGCUAAUUAAAUUAAAAAUUCCUAUUUUCUUUUUUAACGAAAUAUGUAUAAUAAUGUUGCUACGGCCGAGCUUCAUAACUUGUCGCGCGAUUUCCUGCGUGCGUGUCAAAGCGGAGAUAUCCACAGAGUGGAAACCCUCGUCGACAGAUAUGGAGUGCGCGAUUGGAGCGACUUUUGUCACUCGACAUCUGGCGAUACCUCGCUGCACGUGGCGGCACGAGCGGGAAAGUUGCAUGUUGUGAAAUAUCUGUGCGAACAUUUCGACAUGCCAGAAUUUAUAGUCAAUGUCACCAACAAAGAUAUGAAGAGGCCUUUGCACGAAGCUGCACAAUUUGCGCAGGUGGAAGUUUUGAAAUAUUUAUUGGAAAAAGGUGCAUCAGUGGAUGCUUUAAAACGCGGCGAUUGGACUCCUUUGAUGCUGGCAUGCACCAAAAAUGGUCCAGCUGCCUGUCAGUGCAUCACUAUCCUUCUAGCCGCUAACGCUAACGCACAUUUACGCAAUAAAGAUGGUUGGACUCCGUUACUUAUCGCUUGUCGAACUGGUGAUGAGAAUGCUAUCGAUUUAUUAUUGAAGCAUUCGCCAAAGUGCAUCGAUGAUCGAAGCAAUAAUGGUCGCAGCGCAUUGCAUAUCGCUGCAUUUCAUGGUCACGAAAGAGUGAUUAACUUACUCGUCGCAUCAUGUGCAAAUCUUCUGAACGUACAAGAUUCUUCAGGCUCUUUGCCGCUUCACGAGGCAGUAAAACAUGGAAAUCUGAAUAUAGCGAAAUGCAUCAUACAUCUGGGAGCCAAUGUCAAUCUCACAGACAACAUCGGUCAAACUGUUCUACACAUUGCCGCGCUGACUGGUAAUUCGGAGAUUGUUGAAUAUAUUUUGGAACAAAAUUUAAUUAACGUGAAUCGCGAAGCCUCUUUCGGGAUGACACCGUUGAUGAUAGCUCAAAGGAACAAUCAAAGCGACGUUAUCAAAAUUCUGAUUAGACAUGGCGCUAAAUAAAGUCUUUAUUCUGUGUAUUUUUCAGUCUCUUGAAAAUCAACAGAAAUCAUAUAAGUUAAAAGCAUAAGUAAAUCAACGUUUUCAUCUCUAUUUAUACUUUCUU